AUGGGUGACAAAGUAAAAGAAGAAAAAGAUAAAAAUUCUCCUCAAGAACCAAUACUUAUUCAAUUAGAUCCUGGAACAAAAGUUAAAGACAAAUGGAUAAUUGAAAAAAAAUUAGGAGAAGGAGCAUUUGGGGCAGUUUAUAAAGUAAAAGAUGACAAAAAUAAUCUUUAUGCAUUAAAAGUAGAAUCUGUAAAAGAAACAGUUCAAAUUUUAAAAAUGGAAGUUGCUGUUUUAUUAGAACUUGAAAAAGCUGAUAAUCGUCAUUUUUGCAAAAUUUAUGAUAGAGGACAGACAGAUGAAUUUAGUUAUGUUGUAAUGACAUUUGUUGGAAAAUCAUUAGCUGAUUUACGUAUGGAACGUACAAGAAAAAAAUUCUCUGUUUUUACAGCUUGUAAUGUAGCACUUCAAUGUUUGGAAGCAUUAGAAGAUCUCCAUAAUAUUGGAUAUCUUCAUAGAGAUGUUAAACCUGCCAAUUAUACCAUUGGAAGAUCAGAAGUUGGAGAAAUAAAAAAAGUAUAUGUUCUUGAUUUUGGUAUGGCAAGAAAGUAUAUUCAUGAAAAUGGAACAAUAAAACAACCAAGAAAACUUGCUGCAUUUAGAGGAACUCCAAAAUAUGCACCAAUGUCAUGUCAUAAAUUAAGAGAAUUUUGUCGUCUUGAUGAUGUAGAGUCAUGGUUUUAUAUGGUUAUUGAAUUUACAAGUGGAUCACUACCUUGGGAUAAAACAGAAAGUUUAGAAGAAAUUUUGAAAAAAAAGAGAUACGCAAGGCAUCCAGAUGGUAGAAAAGAAAUUUUAAGCGGUUGUCCAGAACAAUAUUGGGAUAUUCAAAUUCAUGUUGAUACAGGUCAAUUUUUUGAUGAACCAAAAUAUUCACUUAUUUAUGGAUUAUUAAAAUUAGCAAUACUUCAAACAAAAUGUAAAUCAAAUGAACCAUUUGAUUGGGAAAAGGAUAAAAAGGAUGAAGUAGCUGAACCUGUUUUAAUUCAAUUAGAUCCUGGAACAAAAGUAAAAGACAAAUGGAUAAUUGAAAAAAAAUUAGGAGAAGGAGCAUUUGGUGCAGUUUAUAAAGUAAAAGAUGACAAAAAUAAUUUAUAUGCAUUGAAAGUAGAGUCAGUCAAAGAAACUAUUCAAAUUUUAAAAAUGGAAGUUGCUGUUUUACAAGAACUUGCUAAAUCAAACAAUCGUCAUUUUUGUAAAAUUUAUGACAAAGGAAUGACAGAUGAAUUUAGUUAUGUUGUAAUGACAUUUGUUGGAAAAUCAUUAGCUGAUCUUAGAAAUGAACAAAAAGAAAAACGAUUUUCUCAUCAUACUGCUGCUGCACUAGCUAUUCAAUGUCUUGAAGCUCUUGAAGAUCUUCAUAAUAUUGGAUAUCUUCACAGGGAUGUUAAACCAGCAAAUUACACUAUUGGUAGGGCAGAAAUUAAGGAAGUAAGAAAAGUUUAUGUUCUUGAUUUUGGUAUGGCAAGAAAGUAUAUACAUGAAGAUGGAACAAUUAAACAACCAAGAAAAGUUGCAGGUUUUAGAGGAACAAUAAAAUAUGCUCCUGUAUCAUGUCAUAGACAAAAAGAAUUAUGUCGUUUAGAUGAUUGUGAAUCUUGGUUUUAUAUGAUUAUCGAGUUUACUAGAGGUUGGUUACCAUGGGAACAUUGUCAAAAUAUGGAUGAUGUUUGUAAAAUGAAAAAAGAAUGUCGUGUAAAUUCAGCACAUAAAGAUCUUAUAUACAAUUGUCCAGAACAAUAUACUGACAUUUUAAGAGCUGUUGAUAGUGGAAAAUUUUUUGAUGAACCUCCAUAUGACAGAAUAUAUAAUUUACUAAAAACAGUAGGUAUUAGUUCGAAAAAUAAAGAAUCUGAUCCAUAUGAUUGGGAGAAACCACCACCAAAAAAGACAGCAUAA